AUGAAGUCGCUGGCGUUCGCGAAAACUUAUGCCGAAAAGUGCAUGACCGGUUUGGGCCAGGGCAUGGUGAGGAUUUUCUUAGAGGGAGCCGCUUCGGAAGUCGAGGGCAAAUGUGACGAAGCCAGCGAACGACAUAGACUGUACCUGGAAAACGCCCCCUGCAUCCUGAAUGUCGGAAGCAAGGUGCAUCAGUGUAACAAGAUCAUCGCAGCAGUACUCGAAGUUGCCCGGGAUGCGGAUAUCAAACAACGUAUCCCGCAGUCGUGCUGUUUCGUUUCGGAUUAUGAGGAUUGUGUCGUGAGCGCGCUCUCAGAGUGCGGCAAGGGGGCCAUGGAUUACGGGAAGACUGUCAUCGAAGGAUACGCCGGAGAUCUAUUACACAGCGUCUGCAGGAAAUGGCGUCACGGCUCGACGCAAUGUCGUAGCCUGCCGAAACUUAAACCUCACGAGAGCCCUAAAUACAAGACUCUUCUCCCACCUCUGGUCGAAGUGCUGCAGACCCUCGCCUGA